GGGCGGGGGUGCGCUCGGGACACGCCCCGGGCGCCCCCUUUGUGGCUUCAUCUGGUGUUCAGCUAAGCUUGGUUCGGCCCCCUUGUGUUUGAAGUUUUCUUGCCCUCUCCCUGGGCAGUCGGUGCCGUUUUGGCUGUUGGUGAGGCUGGGGUGAAGAGCCAAGUUAUUUGGGCGAAAUAAUUUGUCUUUCCUUAUCCUCUUCCUUUUCUCGUUAGGGGUGUUAGUUGGAUAUUUUGAACUGCAGGAGCUCAGAUGUGGGGUAAAAUGGCCCAGAGAGCCUUUUUCAUCUUUCUGGUGCCCAGAACGUAUGGAGAGCCAAGCGUGAGUACGCACGAGCCUGAGGGUGUUUAAGUGAAAGGAGACCAUGAGGCUCAUCACCCUGAAUCGUGCGCUGGAGUCGACUGGCAACUUUGGGGUAAAAAAGGAAGCCAGGGCUUGGACACAACGUGUUUGGCUUUGCCCUUCCGUGUAGACAGUUUUCAAGGCGGCCCUUGCCUUAGAGGUCUGAGCGGCGCAAGCCCUUUUCACUAAUGUUACCAUUACGUGACUCUGCUGAGCUCUGCUGAGCGUGCGCCUAGGGUGUGCCGCCAAGCUCCUGGACAAGACCCCGUUCUCAGUGCGGAACCCGAACCCUCUGCUCCCUUCACCUGCCAGUCUCCAGCUGGCCCAACUGCAGGCCCAGCUCACCCUCCACCGGCUGAAGUUGGCGCAGACAGCUGUCACCAACAACACUGCAGCCGCCACCGUCCUGAACCAAGUCCUCUCCAAAGUGGCCAUGUCCCAGCCUCUCUUCAACCAGCUGAGACAUCCACCUGUGCUCAGCGCUCCCCCUGGACAUGCUGCGGUGCCCCAGCAUGCUGCGACCAUCACCAGUGCCCAGUUCCCCUCAAAUGCGAUGGCCUUUUCACCCCCCAGCCAAACUCGAGGCCCAGGCCCCUCCGUGAGCCUCCCCAGCCAGCCUCCCAGCGCCAUAGUAAUGCAUCCUUUCGGUGGGGUGAUGGCCCAGACCCCAGCCCAACCAGCAGUCAUCUUGGGCAUUGGCAAGGCUGGGCCUGCUCCAGCUACCACGGGAUUCUACGAGUAUGGCAAAGCCAACGCCACCCAGGUAUAUGGCUCAGAAACAGAUGGCCAACCUGGCUUCCUGCCAGCCUCAGCCUCUGCCUCGGGCAGCAUGGCCUAUGAAGGGCACUACAGCCACACAGGACAAGACAGUCAGGCUGCCUUUUCCAAAGACUUCUACGGACCCAGUGCGCCAGGGUCAAAUGUGGCAGGAGGAUUUCCAGCUGAGCAGGCAGGGAGCAUGAAAAGCGAGAUGGGGCCAUUGCUGCAAGGCACAAACAGCCAGUGGGAAAGCCCGCCUGGAUUCUCUGGCCAAAGCAAGGCUGAUCUUACAACAGGUGCCAACCUGUGGCCUCCACCCCCCAGCCAACCCUAUGAACUGUACGACCCGGAGGAGCCCACCGCGGACAGGACCUCCCCUUCCUUCGGGGCUCGGCUCAACCAUAGCAAGCAGGGUUUUAGUGGCGCCCGGCGGCGGCCCAAGGAGGAGCAGGCCAGGCCGUCCAUGCGGCCCCUGCAAGCUCAUGAGCUGAACGAUCUCCGUGGUGUCACACCUCUCCACCUGCCGCACAUCUGCAGCAUAUGUGACAAGAAGGUGUUUGACUUGAAGGACUGGGAGCUGCACGUGAAAGGGAAGUUGCACGCUCAGAAAUGCCUGGUCUUCUCUGAACAUGCUGGCAUCCGGUGUGUACUCACCUCGGCAGAGGGGACUCUGUGUGCCUCCCCCAACAACACAGCUGUUUAUAACCCUGCUGGGAAUGAAGAUUAUGCCUCAAAUCUUGGGACAUCAUUUGCAGCCAUUCCAGCAAGGUCCUUUGCUCAGUCGAAUCCUGCAUUUCCUUCUGCCGCAUCAGGGACAAAUUUUGCACAGCGGAAAGGCGCUGGUCGUGUGGUGCAUAUCUGCAAUCUCCCCGAAGGAAGCUGCACCGAGAACGACGUCAUUAACCUGGGGCUGCCCUUUGGGAAGGUCACGAAUUACAUCCUCAUGAAGUCCACUAAUCAGGCCUUUUUAGAGAUGGCUUACACAGAAGCUGCCCAGGCCAUGGUCCAGUACUAUCAAGAAAAGUCAGCUGUGAUUAAUGGGGAGAAGUUGCUCAUUCGGAUGUCCAAGCGAUACAAGGAGUUACAGCUGAAGAAACCUGGGAAAACUGUGGCUGCUAUCAUCCAGGACAUCCAUUCCCAGAGGGAGAGGGACAUGUUCCGGGAAACAGACAGAUACGGCCCGGAGCGGCCGCGUUCUCGCAGUCCUGUGAGCCGGUCUCUGUCCCCGAGGUCACACACUCCAAGUUUCACCUCUUGCAGCUCUUCCCACAGUCCUCCAGGCCCCUCCCGGGCUGACUGGGGCAACGGCCGGGACUCGUGGGAGCACUCUCCCUACGCCUGGAGGGAGGAGGAGCGAGACCCCCUGCCCUGGAGGGAGAACGGGGAGGACAAGCGGGACAGGACAGACGCUUGGGCGCACGAUCGCAAACACUACCCCCGGCCGCUGGACAAGGCCGAGCCUGACGAGCGCCCAGAAGCGGGCAGGGGCCACCGGGAGAAGUACCUGAGGGCCGGCUCCCCCAGCCCACUCCACUCCGUGUCCAGCUACAAAUGCCGGGAGGACGGCUACUCCCGGAAAGAGCUCAAAACCAAGUCUGAAAAGUACGUAAAGCAGCAGGAUGGUCCCGGCCGGUCCAGGAGGAAAGAAGAGGCCAGACUGCGGGACAGCAGACACCCCCACCCCGAUGACUCAGGCAAGGAAGACGGGCUGGGACCCAAGGUCACUAGAACCCCUGAGGGCACCAAGUCCAAGCAGAGUGAGAAAAAUAGAACCAAGAGGCCUGAUAGAGAUCAAGAAGGAGCUGAUGAUAGAAAAGAAAGGAAAAUGGCAGAGAAUGAGGCUGCAAAAGAGGAACAGGAGGGCAUGGAAGAAAGCCCCCAGUCAGUGUGCAGACAGGAGAAAGAGACAGAGUCCUCUGAGCCAAAAAGCACAAGGACGAAAAAGGAACAAGAUUGGGAAAGUGGAAGUGAAGCAGAAGGGGAGAGCUGGUAUCCCACCAACAUGGAGGAGCUGGUUACAGUGGAUGAGGUGGGGGAAGAAGAAGACUUUAUUAUGGAACCGGACAUCCCAGAGUUGGAAGAAAUUAUGGCGGUUGACCAGAAAGACAAAAUCUGCCCUGAAAUGUGUCCCUGUGUGACAACCACCUUAGACCUGCAAGUGUCCAAGGAUUUGAAUUUCAUUAAUGAGGGAGUUAAGAUCAUAGGGAAUGGAGCCACAGAAAUUAGCCUCAAAUUGCCCAGACAACUGCCUUCUGAUUCUGUGAGUGAUCCCGGUGACACAAACGUGGAAGCGCCUGGCCUAAAUCUGGAUGCUGAGCGGAAGCCAGCUGAAUGUGAGACAGGCCUCUCACUGGAGGAUUCAGACUGCCAUGAGAAGGAGGCAAAGAGAACGGAGAGCUCAGAUGUGUGUCUGGCCCCUGCAGCCCAGGAAAUGUCUUCCCCCCAGCCAGCAGAGGAGAGGGCCCAGCAGCCCAGCCCCUUUCCGGAUGACUGCAAGGCCAGGGGGCCCCCCGAAGAUGGGGCUUGUGAAGGCACUCUCCAGGAAGAGAAAGCCAGCACCCCCACUGAACCUGACCUCCAAAGCCAGGCUUGCCAAGGAGUGUUGACCGAGGAAAGUUCCAGGUACAUGGAAAUGAAGUCUCUGGAUGUGAGAUCACCGGAAUAUACUGAAGUGGAGCUGAAAGAGCCCCUUUCUUUGCCUUCUUGGGAACCGGAGGAUGUGUUCAGUGAACUUAGCAUUCCUCUAGGUGUGGAGUUUGUGGUUCCCAGGACUGGAUUUUAUUGCAAGCUGUGUGGGCUGUUCUACACCAGUGAGGAGGCUGCGAAGGUGAGCCACUGUCGCAGUGCUGUCCACUACAGGAACUUACAGAAGUACUUGUCCCAGCUGGCCGAGGAGGGCACGAAGGAGAUGGUAGGAGUCAGCAGCCCGAGGCCCGAGGACGGCGGGAUGGUGCCACACUUUGAGAGGAAAAAACUCUAAGGCGAUGCUGCCCUGCUGUCACUGGAAGAGGAGGCUCGCUGAAGUGGGGUCUGAGUGACACGGAAGAGGAACGAAACCCAUGCAGGGCAGUGGCUUGGGUUUGCUCUCAAGACUCAUUAAAGCACCCCUCAAAUGACUCCAGGUGCCAAGAUACCCUGGCCUGUGCAGCCUGUCGAGGGCCACUGACUCUUUGGACUCUUAUAUCUCUCCCAGAACCUUUCCAUUUGCUUUUUUUCUCUUCCUCUCCUCCUUUUCUCUCUCUCCUUCUGUGCCAAGGAUCAUUUCCUUUUCAUAAAGUCCAACUUCUCAGGGAUUUCACAGUGUUUAAAUUCUUGAUAGGAUAUAACAGGUUAGGUCCAGCUGAGACACAGGAAAAGGUUUAAUGGAAUCUUUAGCCAAUCCCGAGCCUGGCAUCCAUGUGCCCAUCCAUGUGGGUCACUGGUAGGGGAGCUAAGCCAGCAAAGACCUGAGGGGGCCAGCAAAGAGAACCAACUGGCCGAAGUGGAGCGGCUUCUAUAUAUCUGGUUUCUUCCAGCUGGAUACCACCUUUUACGAAAAACUCCUAGGGUUUGAUUUUAGUUUUUUGGGGACAGAGGCUUGUUAUGUAGUCCGGGCUAGCCUUGCAUUCAUGAAAUAGCCCACACUGACCUUGAACUCAUGGCAGUCCUCCUGCCUCAGCUUCCUGAGUGCUGGGAUUAUAGACAUGUACUACCAUACCUAGCUUGAACAACUCCCAUUUUUAGUAUCUCUCUCAUCCUCCCAGUUAGUCCAGAAAUCCACCAGACUUACAUGCCUUAAAGUAAAAUCAAAUUAAUUUUAUCGAGAAAGAAAAGAGCCCUUCAUUGUGGGAGCUCUGAAAAAUUCCCUCCAGACGUAUUUCCUUCCUCUGGAUUUCAGGAGGUGUUAGGACUUCUUGUGUUCUGGACAAGGACUGUUUAUAGAUUCAUUUUAGGGGAAGAUGAGAAUAGCUAAUGCGGCAGUGGUGUGGGCUGAGGUGGACCAUUGGGCUAUGCCACUGGAGGCACUGGCUACAGACACAGUGACAAGGAAAUGGCAUCUUUGGCCCCUCCUCUGUGCCAGAGUUGCAGGGCGUGUGGUCCAGAGACCUCCUAGUGGAGUGGUUUUAAAAUGACCUCUCAGCGGGGAAGAAGCUGAGGAAGUACAAGGCUGCAGGGCUGCAAGGUGGCAUUUGAGGUCAGGCAGGUAUUUGCAGGCCGCUUUUUCCAGUGAGGCAGAGGACAGAGUGCUGCUGGGGGCUGACCACAUGUGAAGACCUUGAUGUUGAAAUGUCACCAGGAAUAGAGUCCUCAUUCCCCAUGGGGUCAGGGCCUCAGGCUCCAGAUAUUUGGGCUGCUGGGUGUCAGUCUGAUGUUCCAGCAGAAGGGGCCAAGGUGCUAGCCCUGAGGGUCUGCCAGCGUAGGGAGGGACCUCCCAGGAAAGUCAGAUGGAGCCCGACGCUGUGUCUAUGACCUGAGACUCUCAGGAAGGCACCCUCUGUGGUUUAGCUGGUGAAAAAUAAGACAAGGAGGGUGAUGGGGAGCUCCUCCCUGGGAGCUUCUUGAAGUAUUUGUUCCUGACAGGAGAACUGGGCAGGGGCUAUGUGGGGCUGUUCCUGUCUUUUCUUCUUCUACACGUUCUGACUUCUCACGAAUGGAAGAAGGGCAAAGAGAGCAACACUGACAUUUGUCAGUGAGGAAACCAAGGCACAGAAAGGACGCAAAUGCAGAACCCAGAGCGAGACAGACCAGCCCGGAAGCAGCGGCAAGGCGAAGCUGGAAAAGCAAGAAACCUGAGCCUAUGUGUCCUGGGGCCUUGGGGAGGUUGAUCUCAAAUAGAAAAGGCUAAAGAGUGGGGCCCAGCCCAGCCCAGCCUGUUCCUGGCCGGCUCCACAGGUUACCCUAGCAUUCUACAUUAACUGGCUAUGUCUCCAUUUCUCAGAAACCCUCCCACCCUGUGUGUCUUCAUUCCCAAUGAGGGGAGCUCUGUGAAUCUGGCUGGGAAAAGCCGACCCCCUCCCUCACAGACCGGAACAGUGUGCUGUCAGAGAGGCUGGAAGCUCCAUCCCCCAGCGAGCAAGCAAAGCCGACCUCACCAGCUCCCGCCCCCUCCACCCAGCAGCAUUUCCAUGGAAACCCAGACAGCUGACUUCCCAACGGGUCCCUGGCUGGGAAACUGAUCUUCCCACUAAAAAGCUGAAGCAAGCGUCCAGGAGGGAGAGAGAAGAGACAGACUCUUUAUUCAACCACAGCCUUCCAUUUAAAACCAUCAGAGAUUCUAUACAUGUGUGUCUUAUACAUAUAUAUAUAUUUAUUUUUAUUUAUUUUUAUACAGUUCCAUUGGCUUGACCCUUCACUGACCCUGUAAUUUGCACUUUUUAUUCCUACGUGUGCCACACAAUGCAAUAUGAAAGGCAACCAGGAAAAUACUGAUUUUUUUAAAGCUUUUUCUUCAAUGUUUUUUGAUCAAACUUUUCAAAGUGUCUCUCCCAAAAAGUUGCUUGAAAGUGGUUGCUACCGUGAGCAGCAGAUCCAUUUGCACCCUGAGUUAACAUGACCGAAGGCCUGUGUAAGUUCUUUUAUUGCUCACACCUGGGAAUAGUGUAUUAGCCCAUUCUCCUGAAGACUUUGGUAAAGCUGAUGUUGGUAUGAGCAGUGGCCAUCAGUAUCAGGGUUUCCUGGCCUUUUAGUCCAAGGCAGUGAUCCAUUAAAUUCUACUUGAACUGGACCAGUUUGUUUUGCAAGUUUAGGAGAAAAGAAAAAAAAAAAUAGUUAAUUUAAGUUUGAACUUGUAAAGUAUUAGGAUUUGUUGAGUGUCUUAUAAAUCAUGCUUUUCCUGAUCUGUAUAAUUGACCGCAAAAUGUUUGUUUUUACAAAAGAAAAAAAAGAUUUUUAAUAAAGAGAAUUAGAAAGCUUGUGA